AUGGGAUCAAAGGUGUCUAAGCCAGAGAGAAAAAUUGUGCUUUUGGGGAAAACUGGAGAUGGCAAAAGCACAGCUGGAAAUACAAUUCUCAGAGAAAAAAUGUUUAUCCCUAAAGUUUCAGCGAAUUCUGUUACAGCUCACUGUGAAAGAAGGCAGAGGAAGGUUCAUGGCAGAAAGAUCACAGUGAUUGACACACCUGGAUUCUUUGACAUGGAUCAUAAUGACGCGGAGACAAAAUCUGAGAUAGUUAAAUCUUUGAUUGAAUGCGCUCCUGUGGUUGAUGCCUUUAUCAUUGUUCUAAAGGUCGGAAGACACGAUAAUGAAGUGGUACAGAAAUUCCUGAACACAUUGCAUAAGGACGCCUUAAAACACGCAGUGAUCUUAUUCACUUUUGGUGAACAACUAGAAGGCAAGACCAUCAAAGAGUUUGUGAAGGACAGUUCACAGCUUCAGGAGCUGGUUGAUAAAUGUGGAGGUCGCUGUCACGUCAUCGACAACAAAUACUGGAAAAAACGUAUAUGGGGGAACAAGAGCAACAGAGUUCAGGUGAAAAAUCUGCUGAAGACCAUUGACAAGAUGGUGGAAGAGAACGGCUGCUGCACAAAUGAGUUUCUUCAAAAGCUGGAGAAACACAUUCAAGAGGAUGAGAAGAAUAUAUCUGCGGUCAAUCUGUCUCCAGAAGAGAUACGAGAAAAAGCUAAGGAGAUGGUUCAUGAAGAAUAUGUAAAAAGGCUUGCUGGAGUGGCUACAGGAACACUGAUGGGUGCUUUUCUAGGCAUUGAUGUUGUAGUGAGAUCAGUUGUGACUUUACUUACGCCAGAGAACCCUCAAGCAGUGAUACAAAUAGUCAGGGCAGCAGCACAAAAUAUGACACAAGAGUGUGAAAUAGGGUCUUAUCUGAGGGCUGGAAUCACUGCAGCAGGUGGAGCUUUGUGUCUUGCAGGAGCUGUUGGAGCUGUUGUAGGAGGAGUUACUGGAUACAAAGCAGCAGAGGAAGCUGAUUCAGUCAAUGAUUCAGUGACGAGAGCAGUAGCAGACACAUAUGCAAAGGCCUUACAUGUAAAUGAGAAGGUACAAGAUUUAGUCUCUGUUGCUUCUAAAGACAUAAAGGCAAAUUGA